ACCUUAACCCGAUGCAUGAGCGGUACGCGCUAAGCUUUGUGUUUCUGUUUGCAAAAUUGAUUUGGAGAAUAGUUUUUUUUAUCUUUUAAUUCGUGUGUGAUUCGAUCCUAAGAUAGUUAUAAAUUGUGGUCUCAGCAGGAAACAAUGAACACGAAGAAGAACAAAAAGCACAAAAGGGAAAGGCAAGAAGAUUACUCGACACCAGAUAGACCACCAGGUUUGAAACUAAUUUUGAAGGUCGGUGGGAACAGUGGAACUCCUGAACACGGUUCUGAAUCUCCCAGCCAAGCAGCCAUGCUCUCGCAACAAUAUCAGCAGCAAUUAGGGCUUAAUUACUCUGUCACUCAGGGCGAUUCUGAGUAUGAUAGGUACAUGGGCCACAAAAAGCUCAAAAAGAAGAAGAAAAAGAAGGACAAGCGGCACAAACACCAUCACAAAGACAGAAAACGAAAGCGCGAAGAGUCGAGUCAAGAGUCAGUUGGCGACGGAGACGAGAGUUUGCAGGAAGUGCCGAAGAAAAUAGCAAAUCAACAAUUGAUGGCACCAAGGCCGCCAAAUCCCGAUCUCAGAAUCGGAACAUCACCCCUCUCAAGUGGACUCUCGCCCCAUCGCGAACCGCGAACAUGUGUCCUCCGGAAAAUUGCCGAGCGUACUCCUCUUCAACGACUGCUCGAGCAUUUGUUGAAGUCGAUGGAGAAGCGCGAUCCGCAACAAUUUUUCGCCUGGCCCGUGACCGACAAUAUUGCGCCCGGCUACUCGCAAAUCAUUCCCAAUCCAAUGGACUUCAGUACAAUCAAGCAGAAGAUAGAUGAGAACAGUUAUCCGAAUCUGAACGAAUUCAUUGACGAUUUCAAGCUGAUGUGCAAUAAUGCGAUGACCUACAAUCAGCAGGACACAAUUUAUUACAAGGCGGCGAAGAAGCUUCUGCAUGUUGGAUUGAAAAUGGUGACGCCCGAGAAAUUGCGUCAACUUCGGCCAGUCUUAACCUACAUGCAUGAUAUUUCGAAGGAGGAGCUUGGCUUCGAGUUGGGCGUUGAGGAUCCAAAUAAUCCGGAUGUUCUUGUCACGGAGGAGCAGAUUGAGAAGGAGCGAGAGCAGGAGGAGAGGAAUGAGGAGGCGGAGGAAUUGAGGAAGGAGCAUCAGAGGAAAAUGAGACUGGCGAGUUUGGGCAAAUUUGAGGCGAUUCCGGAUGAUUUGACGCCCGACGAGAUUCUCAAGCAGGCGAAGAGUGCGGCGAAGGCGGCAGCCGAAAAAUUGAAUAUGAAGAGGUACGGCUCGAAAAUGGGAUUUUUGCGACAGAAGAAGGAUGGGACGACGAGUCUGCAAAUUAUUGUCCCGGGCGAUGGAGUCAUUCCGGGAACGAAUCAACGGCCCGUUUCCCUCGGACAGCUGAUUGGAAAAUUAAGUCACGGCACUGGAUCCUUGGCGGGAUUCAGAGAAGACCGGAGAAAUAUGUCGAAGCCAGUAAAGCCUCUUUAUUAUGGUGCAUUUGGUUCCUAUGCACCAAGUUAUGACUCGACUUUUGCCAAUCUGACGAAAGAUGAAUCGGAUUUGGUUUAUCAAACUUACGGCGACGAGACUGCGGUUCAGUACGCUGAAUCGAUUCUUGAUUUUGCCAAGGACUGCGACUACACACUGAAUAUGGUGGAUGAACUUCUUGAUAUUUUGACAAGUGGCGAGCACCGGAAAACGAAGAAAUUCCUCGAUGAGAAGCGGAGGCUGAAGGAAGAGGAGGAGAAGAUUAAGCAUUUGCUGGAAAAACCAAUCCAAGAGGUUAAUCGGAAUCCUCAGGUUGAGAAAGUCAAGGUUGACGUUGAUCAGCUUAAGUCACUUUCUGAACUCGGAAUCGAUAUCAACUUUCUUGAUAAUAUGGAAGAAGAGCUGAAAGUGAAUGACGAGCGGUCAAGUAUACAGAGUCGUCUCGACGACACUUCUCAAUUGUUGAGCCAUCUCCAGCAAGUGCAACACGAUCGUCUCUCGGCUCUGCCACCCGCUCAUCUCACCAAUGUACCAAAGCCAAAAGAGAACGAAGUGAGCUUGGCCGAAAAAAUCACCGAGAAUUUGACCGAAAUUUCGAAAAAGUUGCCUCCCUCCGCAAUUGCCCCGGUCGAUGGCUUGCGCAAAGCGAUGGGAAUCGCACCCGUUGGUGGUGGAGCCGAACCAAUGGACGUCGAGCCAAUCACGCACAAUCCCUCGAUCGUCACGGACAGUGCGCUCGCAAGUGUCAAUCAAAUUUCGGAAAAUUUAUUGCCAACUCCCUCGGCCAUCGAUGGCCAGAUGCAAAUUAAUAUUGGUCAAAGUGCGGCGGCACUGUUGGGAGCGAGCGAAUCGGCCGGUGUUCCAGAUUUGGAAUCGGAACUCCGCGAAUUCCUCGAGAGUGAUCCUACCUUGGGGCAUUCUCCUUUACACGACGAUAAGACUUUAGAGGAUAUACUCUCCGAGUCCUAAGGCACUCAAUUGUAAUUUAAUUCCGCGAUAGGAUGUAUAAAAGAAGAAAGAAAUGUUCUAAAGAGUUUGGGGGCCACAUUGAAAUUAUGUAAGGGAUUAUAAGGCCCUCUCUGAGAUUCACCAGCUUUCUGUAAGUAAUUUUUAGUUUCCGGAAAUGUUUUUUUUUUUUUUUUUUUAGUUAUUGCUAGUAGAAUUAGGGUGUUUGAGAAGUUCAUUUUUUUUUAAUUCCAGGAUUUUUCCUUGAAUAAUUUUUCAUUUUGCUUAAUCAAUAAUAUUCAAGUAUGAACAUUUUAACCUUGUGAUAUUUUUCACGUAAGUUUCUUUUUUAAACGGAAUAAAACAGUAUGU